CUUGGCCCCUAGAAGAUGGCGCUGCGAGGAAGCAGCGCGCGGGCGAGAGGGGGGCGGGGGAUGGCAGGGAGUGCGAUGGGUCUUGUUUCCCUUGAAGAAAUGAAAGCAGCAUUUUGGGAAUAAACGAGCCCUCAGUCGUACUGUAUAAGCAUUGUGUGAGCCGGGCUCUCCUUAAACGGCCGUUUCAAGGUUUUGGCCUACUGGGACUUCCUGAAGCCUGUUGUACUUCGUAGGCCUACAUGAGACUGAUUUGCGACUGUUCCUUACUGCGAAGUGAGGAGGGUAACGCAACAGUGUCCCUCGUCCUUCUCAGGGGGCCGAUAACGUCUCUAGGAGAAUUCUUAGCCGAAGGAGGGAGAGCUUUUGUUCUGGGGGCGCUUGGCCAGGAACUCUCCAGUGUGCAGCGCGGAACCUUGAGUGUGAGGCUCUUGUUUCCUUGUAGAGCGGAGCCAGCUGCACUCGGUCUCUGGGGUCUUACGGACGGCUUUCGGCGGCGGACUCGCGGAGGCAUCGCAGAUAGAAGCAAACAACAUUAAUCAGGGAUUGAAAGCACUAUUUUUUAAUUUAAAUAAAAGUUUGUUGGAAAGCAAAAGAUUCUAAUUUUCUACUAAUAUUAUUAUGGCUUCAUCCCUCAAGAUUUUGGAUGCUGCCUGUCUUCUAAAGAAAUGUCACUGGCAAAAUGGCUUAUGUCCCUUGCUUAGACCUCUUGUUGAUAGUUACAAUCUAACAUGGUACAGUAGCUACAGGAGACCAGGGACACCUCCUGACAGAACCCCGCCUUGGAAGAAAAUAAACUUCAGCUUUCAGAAAGGAGUGGAAGGCAUCAAGACACAUUUUGGACGAUUAGUGAAAGAAGUAACUGAUCAUGUGAAAGGGCCUGAGGGACGUCCAUUAAAGCAAUACAUGAUGGAACAGACAAGAGUGGCUUGGGAGUUUCGUGGUCAAGAAGACUUGGAUAAAUGGGUAAUCUCGUCUGAUGCUGAAAUUGGAGGGAAAAGUGAAAUCUAUUUGCAGCUGGGCAAGAAUAACCAGUCUGCUCUGUUGUAUGGGAACAUUAAUACUACAGUACCUCGUGAUGGUGAGACCAGGUACAGUGGUUACUGCUCCAUGAGAUCUAAACCUCGACUGGUGACUUUUGAUCGAAAGAAGCCUUAUGAUUGGUCAAAUUUCAAUACCCUGGUCCUGCGUGUUCGUGGUGAUGGUAGACCUUGGAUGAUAAACAUCUAUACAGACCCAUACUUCUCUCAUCAGAAGGAUGACAUAUAUAAUUACUUCAUGUUCACACGUGGGGGCCCGUAUUGGGAGGAAAUCAAGGUUCCAUUUUCUAAGUUCUUUUUUGCAAGCCGGGGGAGAAUCCAGGAUAACCAACAUGCACUCUGGUUAGAUAAGAUCAGUACCUUAGGACUCACCAUAGCUGACCAAGUAAAUGGUCCAUUUCAGCUGGAGAUUGACUUCAUUGGAUUGUUCUGUGAUGCAGCCCAUACAGAGGAAACUGCCUAUGAGCUAUAUGAAAGAAAUCCCAAGAAUCCCAAGAAGUAGAACUUACUGAACAUUUGGAGGACUGCUAUUCAUCUGAAAUUGGAAACUUCCACCACCACCACCCCCUUACACAAAAUUUGCAAACAGCAGGGGGAGGGAGGAAACCUCAGCCUACUAAAAUAGCAUGUGGAAAGACAGUAGUAGCUGUAAGUUAGUGGCUUUCAAGGUUAGGCGACUGGAUGCAUUCUAAUGGUUUACUAACUUGGAGUAAAGUCAACAGGCUAAAGGUCUAAAAUUACAUUGAAAUAUCCAUUUCACUUGAAGAGUAAGAGGCAAGUAUUUUGUGGGAAACAAAUAGCUAGCUAAUGAGUGGCAUAGAAGGCUUGGGGGGCUUGUGUGUUGGGCUACCUGAUAAAUUUCUCCCCUAAACUCAUUUCUGGCCACUGCAUUAUUUUUGAAUGUUUUUUUUUUGUAGCUACCAGCCAUCAUGGGUAGGAUGAGCUAAUUUGCAGACAUGCCAAAGCUUGUUAGAAAUGGAUCCCAAUGAGUGAUAUCAAAAAUGCAAUCCAUGCUGUGACCAAAGCCACUAGUGUACAGAGAUUAGUUGCAAUUCCAUUUGGAGGGAGUACUAGAUUCCGUUCUGACCUUAGUCUGUCCCAUUUAGAAGCCCUUCAUUGGAAGAGACUUGCAAAACAAGCUACACUCUUCCAUUCAGUUUAGGUGGGAAGAAACUUUGUUAUCAGAACUCUCCAUAGGGAAGUGUGUACCUGCUAUCAAUCAGAUGGAAGGACAAUACCACUAGGGGAAAAAAUGUUACAUCCUCUUUAAGAGUUUUCUGUGCUAUUCCUUCAAUCCUCGUCUCUACUACGUCCUGCCUGUGAUUAAAGCUUUUUUGGUCAUAUCAUGAUGAGUUCUAGAUGACUGGGCCUCUGAGUAAGGCUUUCUUGGUGGUGGUACCCCAUAGAAGGAACACACUUCCCUGCAGGCUGGUACCAACAUUAAUUUUGGAGCAAGGUGAAAAUGUUUUUCUGCAAUUUUUGAAGAUCGGCCUUGACUGAAGACGUUUAGGACAGGUGGAAGAACAUGUUUUAGUUUUAAGUACAGUCAUACUUCGGUUUAAGUACACCUCUGUUUGAGUAUUUUCAGUUUAAGUCCUCCGCGGACCUGUCUGGAACAGAUUAAUCCACUUUCCAUUACUUUCAAUGGGAAAGUUCGCUUCAGGUUAAGUACUCUUCAGGUUAAGUACAGACUUCCGGAACCAAUUGUGUUUGUAAACCGAGGUACCACUGUAUUUUAUAUAUAUAUAUUUAAUGCAAUGUAUGUUCUGAUCCUUCCUGGGUGCCGUUUUGCAGUGAAUGGGAUCUAAAAUAAAUAUGUAUUGUGUCUGCUCA